AUUAUUAGAUCCCUAAUAUAUAUUAUAUUAGGUAUUAGAUUAAAUAUUGUAUAUAUAAUUCCAAUAUUCGCUCGAUAUAUUACUAACCCUAUUAAAGUUUACUUCUAUAUAUUAAAGAAGGUAUUUAUAUAUUCUAAAAGUAUUCGGGACUAA